GGCUAGGCCUUCGCCUUGGAGGCAGAGGAGAUUCGGGGGCCAUUUUGUGAAGAGACGGAGACCGAGUGGUUGCGUCCGCGUUUCCGACCUCGAGCAGCAGCCGACUUCUGCACGUAGAACCUGGGAGUAGGAGAUUCGGAAUCGAAUCUCUUCUCUCGCCCCUCUCCUGGUUACAAAUCACUUGAAAUACAUAAAUUAGUGGGACUUUGCUUCAGGGCAGCAAGGCGAACCCCAUCCCUACUCACUGGAGCUCAGCUUUGAUUUUUAACCUCCUUUCCCCACCCUUUCAGAACACACACAUUCCCAUUUCAAAACUGAUUUUAAAAAGACAUUUUAUACAUAAUGAUGCAACAUGGUGUGCACUACAGAAAAUUUACAGUGAGAUUUUUUUGAUCUUCAGCUACAGUUUCUAUCACUGUUAGCAACCUUAUCUUCAAAUACAAUGGCUAGCAAUGUUACAAACAAGACAGAUCCUCGCUCCAUGAACUCCCGUGUGUUCAUUGGGAAUCUCAACACUCUUGUGGUAAAGAAGUCUGAUGUGGAGGCGAUCUUCUCGAAGUAUGGCAAAAUUGUGGGUUGCUCUGUUCAUAAGGGCUUUGCCUUCGUCCAGUAUGUUAAUGAGAGAAAUGCCCGGGCUGCUGUAGCUGGAGAGGAUGGCAGAAUGAUUGCUGGCCAGGUUUUAGAUAUUAAUCUGGCUGCAGAGCCAAAAGUGAACAGAGGAAAAGCAGGUGUGAAACGAUCUGCAGCGGAGAUGUACGGGUCAGUACCAGAACACCCUUCUCCGUCCCCUCUACUCAGCUCCUCUUUUGACUUGGACUAUGACUUUCAACGUGAUUAUUAUGACAGGAUGUACAGUUACCCAGCACGUGUUCCACCACCGCCUCCUAUUGCUCGGGCUGUAGUGCCCUCAAAACGCCAGCGUGUAUCAGGAAACACCUCACGAAGGGGCAAAAGUGGCUUCAAUUCUAAGAGUGGCCAGCGGGGAUCUUCUUCCAAGUCUGGAAAGUUGAAAGGAGAUGAUCUUCAGGCCAUUAAGAAGGAGCUGACCCAGAUAAAACAAAAAGUGGAUUCUUUACUGGAAAGCCUGGAGAAAAUAGAAAAGGAACAGAGCAAACAAGCAGUUGAGAUGAAGAAUGAUAAGUCCGAAGAGGAGCAGACCAGCACCUCCCUGAAGAAAGAUGAGACUAAUGUGAAGAUGGAGUCUGAAGGUGCUGCUGAUGACUCUGCUGAGGAGGGGGAUCUACUGGAUGAUGAUGAAAAUGAAGAUCGGGCAGAUGACCAGCUGGAGUUGAUCAAGGAUGAUGAAAAAGAGGCUGAGGAAGGAGAGGAUGACAGAGACAGCGCCAAUGGCGAGGAUGACUCUUAAGCACAUAGUGGGGUUUAGAAAUCUUGUCCCAUUAUUUCUUUACCUAGGCGCUUGUCUAAGAUCAGAAUUUCACCAGAUCUUCUCCCCUAGUAUCUUCAGCACACACUCACUGUUCUUCCAAUCUUUAUCCUUCCCAUGUUCAUGAUUGCCCCGCGCCUAGUACCAUUUUCACUUCUUUUGAUGCUCCUAGUAGUUUUGUUAAGUCUUAUCCUGUAAUUUUUGCUGUUUAAUUUUGAUACCUCUUUAUGACUUAACAAUAAAAAGGUUGUAUGGUUUUUAUUAGCUGUCUCCACAAUAAUCUCUUGUUAUGCAGGGAGUUCAGUUAUUUCCAUUCAUACAUGAUUUCGGUAGUUGCUUCCCUAACUGCAAAGGCAAUCUCAUUUAGUUGUAGCAUCUGAGAGCAGCUUUGAUUUAAGAGGUAUGUGUGUUAUCCCACAUUAAGUAUCCUGUGGGGCUGUUGAACACAAAUGUAACAAUGUAUUUUUGUGAAUGAGAGCAUGUCAAAUGCAUCCUCUAGAAAAAUUAGUGUAACAGUCUUUGUUUUCUAAAGUUGAUACUGUGGGUUAUUUUUUGUGAACGCCUGAUGUUUGGGAUCUUUUUCUCAAAAUAAACAAGUCCUUAUUAAACCAGGAA